AUGGAGGGCCUCAACAACGGCGAUACCGCAUGGAUGGCCACGUCCUGUGCGCUGGUUCUCUUCAUGACGCCUGGGUUGGCAUUUUUCUAUGGCGGCCUAGUACGCGACAGCAAUAUUGUCAACACCAUGAUGAUGAGCAUCAUCUCCAUGGGCCUGACCACCAUCACUUGGCUGGUGUUAGGCUUCAGUUGGUCCUUCGACUCAUGGGGUGCAGGCAAGGGCUUUACUUACGUUGGCUUCCGCAACCUCGAUGCGGUGUGGACGGGCACCACCAUGCCGGGAUUGACGUUUGCAGUCUUUCAGAUGACCCUCGUCGAGCGCAUCCGCUUCUCGGCCUACGCCAUCUUCAUCGUGGCCUGGGUCCUUUCAGUGUACGUGCCCCUUUGCCACUGGAUCUGGGGCGGUGGCUGGAUCGCUGAGAUGGGUGCCAAGGACUUUGCCGGUGGCACCGUCGUUCACAUCAGCUCUGGCACCUCGGCGUUUGCACUGGCCUCGUUGCUUGGGGAGCGCAAGCACCGUGGCGAGUCCUUCCCCAGCAACCUGCCCUUCGUCAUCUUGGGUGGGGGCAUCCUGUGGCUGGGAUGGACUGGCUUCAAUGGUGGCUCCGCAUUCGCUGCCAACGGCGACUGUGCCCUGGCCAUCGCCACCACCUACGUUGCGGCCGCGGCCGCGAUGAUCACCUGGGUUUCCGUGGAGCGCAUCCUCGAUGGAGCUCCCACAUCGGUCGGUGCCAUGUCAGGUGCCGUGGCUGGCCUUGUGAACAUCACCCCGUGCGCCGGCUUUGUGGAGCCUUUGGGUGCUCUUGGCGUGGGUGCCAUUGGAGCCAUCUGCUGUGUGUUCGCAGCUCGUGGUCUCAAGAAGUUGAACCUCGUGGAUGACUCCCUGGAUUGCUUCAGCCUCCAUGGCGUGGGAGGAUUCGCGGGUGCCAUCUUGGGUGGCUUCUUCGACCUUGAAGAUGGCCUCAUCUAUGGAGGCGACGGACUGCUGCUGGCCAAGAACCUGGCCGGGGCCGCCUUCGGCGUGGUCUACUCCGCAGCCGUCACUGCGGUGAUCUUCUUCCUGAUGCGCCUCGUCAUGCGCAUGAGGGUCAGCGAGGAGCAGGAGCUGGAAGGCCAAAGGGCAAAGUGGGUCGCCUACGGCAAGAACGAGAAUUCUGGCAAGCCGAAUGCCUUUGGCGAGCACUCCCAGCGCUUCAAGCCCGAGGAAGCCCCGACGCUGCUCACCUCGGCACCUGCCUCUGGGGCCGAGAAGCCCACCGAGGUUUGA